AACUCAUUUCUUUGAGAAAAUUGGUGAUAAAACUUGAAAUUUCUCCUUCUUUCUUGCUCAAUAACAAGUUUUAGGACUUAGAGCUCUGUCCCUCAACCCAAAAAUUCCAGAUCUACUCUGCUCUUCCUCCCUUGUCCGUCGGUUUCUGCUAUGUGGGUGCGAAUUUCUGGGCUUUUUCGGAAGCGAAGUCAAGGACGAGGAAAAACGAGGGGAGUGACGAGUUAGAAGGUUAGCCAUCUUGUAAAUUGAACAUAGAUUUAGAUAUAAAUCAUGAUCUUAUUGUGGUAUGGUAAGUUUCGACCCUUGUGCAUUUGUGGGAUCCUCUCACAAGUGUACGACGUCUGCCACGUUCCUGGAUUUGGGUUCUGGGGCGUGACAAAAGUAGUGAUGGGAAAAGGAAGGAUGACCAUUUUUGGGGCUUGUGAGUGAAGGGCUUGAUCCCCUUUUUUUUGCUAACUCUUCAGCUUGAACCUUUGAUGCACAUGAAGAUAACCCAGAAAAUGAAUCUACAGCAUACUGUCUCCUAGCCAUAAUGUUCUACAAGUUUGGAAAUUGUUCAGCAGUGCUAGAAGUGCAUAAAAUAUAAUAAAAAUGGUGGUUUCUG